GUCAUCCCUAAUUGCAGCUAAUAUAUUCUUAUCCCGCAUUUUUCACAAAUUUUCACGCAUUUGUAUUCGAGCUAUUUCUUUCCAAGUCUGAAAUUUACUCUAAAAACCUCCUCUAAACCCUAGUCAAACUUGUUCUACAGGAAAGAGAAAGAGACGAGGAUGAAGAUAGCAGUGGAAGGUUGUAUGCAUGGAGAACUCGACAAUGUCUACAGAACCAUUGCCGAGUUAGAGCGAGCUCAAAACACUAAAAUUGACCUCCUUAUUUGCUGCGGAGACUUUCAGGCUGUUAGAAAUGAAAAGGAUCUUGAUAGUUUGAAUGUAAAACCGAAAUAUAGGCAAAUGAACACUUUCUGGAAAUACUAUUCGGGACAAGAAGUAGCUCCUGUGCCAACUGUUUUCAUUGGUGGAAAUCACGAAGCUUCCAAUUAUCUCUGGGAAUUGUACUAUGGUGGAUGGGCUGCACCUAACAUAUACUUCUUGGGUUUUGCUGGAGUCAUCAAGUUUGGCAACAUUCGAAUUGGUGGAUUGUCAGGGAUAUACAAUUUUCGAAAUUAUAAAUUAGGGCAUUUUGAAAGACCUCCAUACAAUGAGAGUCAGAUCCGUUCCAUCUAUCAUGUUCGUGAAUAUGAUGUUCACAAGCUUAUGCAAGUGGAGAAGCCAAUUGAUAUAUUUCUUUCACAUGAUUGGCCACUUGGUAUUACUGAUUGUGGGAAUUGGGAAGCGCUUGUCCGGUUCAAGCCAUAUUUUAAGAAAGAGAUCCAGGAACGAACUCUUGGUAGUAAGCCUGCGGCUAAGUUACUAGAGAAGUUAAAACCUUCAUAUUGGUUUUCUGCUCACCUGCACUGCAAAUUUCCUGCCCUUGUCCAGCAUGGAGGAAGUGGUCCUGUGACUAAAUUUCUUGCACUUGACAAGUGCUUGCCUGGUCGCAAGUUUUUACAGAUUAUUGAGAUUGAAUCAGACCCUGGGCCAUUUGAAAUAUGCUACGAUGAAGAAUGGCUUGCAAUAACUCGGGCAUUCAAUUCGGCCAUUCCUUUAACUAUAAGGCCUGCUGAUUUGUGGAGUGUGCAGGCUGACAAAGAAGGCUCUUUACAAUGUGUUAGGACUAAGCUAUUAACAAGAGGGGCUAAACCCUUUGAAUUCACACAAACAGCUCCUUGCUAUGACCCCUCUCAGUCUGCUAAAACUUGUCCCUCAGCAGAACAUUUUCGAAACCCUCAGACAGAAGCACUCUUGAAGUUUCUUGACCUGCCAUAUCUUCUUGAUAACUCCACUGCUUCUGGUGUGUGGAAUUACAACUCACCUUCAGUAUCUAGAGGCUCUCAUUCUAAUGGUAACGAAGAUAUCCCUGUUGAUGAUGUUGAUAAACUAGAAGAGCUAGCUACAGCUGAUGGUGAAGAUAUUCCCAUCGAUGACGUGGAUGAAUUAGAAGGCGUUGAAGAUGCUGAUGGUUAGCAAUAAGUAAGAAUCUGAUUACAGACCUUCAGAUGGCCUUUGCACGAACCAUCAUGAUCUCCACUCGACAUAACUACACGAGGCUGUUCAUCGCUAAGAGUCAUUUCUUGCUAUUGUUGAGGACAUGAAUAGAAGUGCGAGUAAAAAGAAAUCUAGUAUUGUGCAUUGUUUGGGUUGGCAUGAGGAAACCAGCAUUAAACCAAAUAUUUUGUCAUGUAAAAAAGUUCAGAUAAUAAUAAGAUUAUUAUGCUUAUAGCUAGAUUUUAUGAGAAGUUGGUGAAUAUUUUACAUUUUUGGGGGUCCGAAUCAUGGCUUAGGGCGAAGAGAUGGGAUGGUGGCUGGGGAUAGGGAGUGAAAUUUAGAUUUUUUUUUUGGUUUAAUAUUAUGUUGUGCGUGGGAAUCAUACUUUUAUUUAGAAAUCCGAUUUAAAUUUAGCUAUUUUCAAAUA